AUGAGAAAGGAAGAGCGGAAGACCUAUACAGAUGCUGUGACAUGUUUGCAGAAUACCAACGCAAAAACACCAGCAUCCAUUGCUCCAGGUGCCAUAGGGAGGGUGAGUUGGGAACUCUCAAUAUUUUGCGUUGAUACAUUCAUUGCGCUAAUUGGUUCUAGAAUUAUGACUUUACUGUAACCCAUAUUUUGGUAUGUGAGUUGAACUUCUUCUCAACCAAACCUUUCGCCAGGAGGUUAAAAUUGUAAAAGCUUACAAAUAAAACAGUAAACUCCCUUCGUUCACUAAAACGCUAAAUUCCUCCCAUGGCAUCGCUACUUUAUUCACAUCUACGGCGAAGCCCUGCGCAACGAAUGCAACUAUUCCGGGCCAAUUCCGUAUUGGGACUGGCCCAAAUACGCCAACGCAACCCAAGAUUCUCUUCUAUUUAAUGGUGACGAAUAUUCUAUGGGUAGCAAUGGUGCGUGGGAUCCGGAUUUCCCUAUCAUAGUUUUCCCACCAGGUUCAGGAUCCGACGAUAUUCAACGUGGAAUUAGGGGUGGAUGUGUUACGAACGGACCGUUCAGAGAUAUGGUUAUCACACUUGGACCUAUUACACUUCCCAAUCCUGGGUCAUUUGGAGGGUUGGGAUAUAACCCCACAUGCUUGAAAAGAGACAUCAACCCUGCUUUUGCUAGAAGGUGGUCAAAUUGGACUUCUGUAUUAGGUUUGCUUUGUCCCUGCUGAACUUAAUAGUCGAAAAGCUGAUAAAACGCUUAGAAACGUUUCAAUGGCAAGAUAUUGGAACUUUCCAAGAUUUCCUCCAAGGUGUUGGGACAAGGGCUGGAGGUGUACAUGGUGGAGGGUAAGUUUGUAACCUGGGAAGCUGGUUCUGAAUUGCUUCGCUUUAGCUAACCUUGUAGCCACUUUACCAUCAGCGGCGAUCCGGGUGGAGAUCUCUAGUGAGUCUCAAAACAGAUGAAGCAAAGGCAACGUGAGCUAAAAGUUUAAUCAAUAGUGUCAGCACAGGGGACCCAGCAUUCUACUUACACCAUGCUCAAAUGGAUCGCCUAUGGACUAUAUGGUACGUUUUGAUAUCUGUUUCAAAUAGACUAGCAAAAGACUUGACCCCGCUGAUUCAACUCAUAGGCAAGGCCUUGAUCCCAAAAAUCGGCAAUACAAGAUCAACGGAACAACUACCAUGAACAAUGAUCCACCUUCAAAUGUCACGCAGCUUGGAGAUUUCAUAGAUGUAGGGUUCGCAGGUGGGAAAAAUGUUACUAUUCAUGACAUAUUAAGCACCGUUCGAGGUCCCUUUUGUUAUGUGUAUGUUUGA